AUGUCUAAUACUAUACCUAAUAUUAUAUUUAAUACUAUAUUUAAAACCACAACUUAUAUACCAACUAUUAUAGCUACUACUACUUCAUCUAUUGUCACAUUAGCUACUAUAGCUAUUGAGUCUACAACUAUUAAGCUUAUAACUACUAAGUCUAUAACUACUGAGUUUACAAAAACUAAACCUACAACUACUACAUCUAUUACUUCAAAA